AUGCCUGGCAACGAGGAAAACCGCGAGAACGAUGAGAGGGAGCCGCUGCUUCGAAAUGGCAGCCAGCUGAACGACGCCGGCGAGGGAGGCGACAGUCGCCAACUCAUAGAGUUUGAAGAGAACGAUACAGAGAACCCGAAGGCAUGGAGGUACCGGGACAAGUUGAUGAACAUGGGCGUCAUCGCAUCCAUGGCCAUCUUGUCGCCGCUGGCAUCGUCGAUGUUCACACCGGGCAUCGACCAGAUCGCGGACGGUUUGAACACGACCCCGGAGACGGUCAUUGGAUGUACGACAGGCUUCGUAAUCAUGCUUGGGAUCGGGCCUCUCAUCCUCGCGCCGCUCUCAGAGACCUUCGGCAGAAGAUCGCUCUACCUUAUCUGCUUCAGCAUGUUUACUCUACUGCAAAUACCGUCAGCACUCACGCCUAACAUCGAGUUCCUCAUCGUCGUGCGAACGUUAGCGGGUUUCUUUGGUAGCGUUGGAAUUGCGAACGGUGGAGGAACGAUAUCAGAUAUGUGCGGACCAGAAGAACGCGCGAGCAUAUUCGGAUGGUACCUAUUAGGUCCUUUGCUCGGUCCCACCAUCGGUCCACUGCUGGGAGGUGUGAUAGUCGAAAGAGCAGGCUGGCGCUGGAUAUUCUGGGUCUUAACCAUCAUCUGCGGCCUCAACACGCUCGCUGGCUACUUCUUCCUGCGCGAGACGUACGCGCCAGUCAUCCUGGCCUCGCGCAAGAAGCAGAUGGAAAAGGAUGAAGACGCGACAGGCAGAUACACCUACAAGGGCGAGGACUUCCGACCUCUUUGGAGAAAACUCGGGCACUCGUUCUCCCGACCACUGCGGAUCUUGAUGCAGCCCAUUGUCUUUACGAUGAGUAGCUACCAGGCCAUCAUCUUCUCGACGACCUACUCGCUCUACACCAACUUCCAGCCAAUCUACCAGGAGGAGUACGGCUUCAACACUGAGCAAGUCGGUCUAAUCUACCUUGGACCAGGACUUGGCUUCCUUACCGCAGUCUGGUUCCUUGUCCCUCGUAUCGACACAGUUCGCAACUAUCUAGUGAACAAGAAUGGCGGAAAGAGCUAUCCAGAGUAUCGGCUGCCUCUCGCCAACAUUGGCUCUGUCCUCAUCCCGGUUGGACUCUUCUGGUUCGCGUGGACGGUUCACUUCCACGUUCAGUGGUUUGUCACUGUCCUUGCGACCUACUUCUACGGCAUCGGGCAGGUCAUGAUCCUCAACACGACGACGAACUACUACAUCGACUCCUUCGAGCGGUACUCCGCCUCAGCCAUCGCGGCAGGUGCAGUCUUCCGCAGUAUUGUGGGCGGCAUCGUACCUCUUUUUGCGCCGGCGUUGUUCGAUCAGCUGGGUUAUGGCUGGGGCAUCUCAGUCUUUGGCUUCCUGGCUCUGGCGAUUGCUCCCGCUCCAAUUUUGUUCUACUUCUUCGGCAGCAAGAUUAGAGAGAGGUUUGCGGUAGACUUGGACUAG